UAUGUUGCGUUAGCGUUAGCCUGUUAGCAGCUAACACAGCUACUCGAGCUUGCAUGGCGUCGUGAUAGUUGCUCAGGAGGGAAAUACUUGAGCUGUUUAUCACUAAACUAAGUAACAAACGUUUCUCGACCGAUUUGGAGGCUGUUAACUGAACAAACCCGUUUAAAACCUCGCUAGCCAGUUGGUUAACCGACACAUGAACAUCAGUUGACAUUUCUGUGCUGGUGGCUGAUAUGGUGUGAAAAAACGGAUCAGUAGAGUUCAUUGAAGUCUUCGACUUCAAUAAGCAUCAGUUUCCAGUCAUGCUGCUGUCUCGGGUAAAGCCAGCAGUUGGGGGAGACACAGCCCUGAGCUCCAGCGAGAAGAAAAGGAAAAACAAAAGCAGGAAGACUCCCCGGUUAGAGGACUAUCUGAGCCAGAGAGAUUACCUGGGAGCCCUCACACUGCUCGAGUUCCAGCGGAAUGGAGGGGCAGCAGAGGAGCAUACUGACCAGUGGAUUGGCUACUGCGCCUUUCAUCUCGGUGACCACAAGAGAGCUAUGGAGGAGUAUAAGUCACUGACCCUCAAACCGGACUGUCCUGCUGAGGUCUGGGUUCAUCUGGGCUGCUCUCUCUUUUUCCUUGGCCUUUAUAAAGAAGCAGAAGAGGUGGCGCUCAAAGGGCCAAAAAGUCAGCUGCAGAACCGACUGCUCUUUCAUUUAGCCCACAAGUUUGGAGAUGAGAAGAAGCUAAUGGGGUUCCACCAGAACCUGGAGGAUGUAACAGAGGAUCAGCUGAGCUUGGCCUCCAUACACUACAUGCGCUCUCACUACCAGGAGGCCAUAGAUAUCUACAAACGCAUUCUGCUGCAGAACAGGGAGUUCCUGGCGCUGAAUGUGUACGUGGCUCUGUGCUACUAUAAGCUAGAUUACUAUGACGUGUCUCAGGAGGUUCUGGCUGUUUACCUGCAAAACGUUCCGGACUCUGCUAUAGCGCUCAACCUCAAAGCCUGUAACCACUUCCGACUCUACAACGGCAAAGCUGCUGAGGCGGAGCUGAAGAACUUGAUAGAUAUCUCCUCCAGCUCGUUUGAGUUUGCGAAGGAGCUCAUCCGCCAUAACCUGGUGGUGUUUCGGGGAGGGGAGGGAGCGCUGCAGGUUCUGCCCCCCCUUAUUGACGUCAUCUCUGAGGCUCGACUCAACCUGGUCAUCUACUACCUCAGGCAAGAUGAUGUUCAGGAAGCGUAUAAUCUGAUUAAAGACCUGGAGCCCACCACCCCUCAGGAGUAUAUACUGAAAGGAGUGGUGAACGCAGCUCUGGGGCAGGAAAUUGGAUCUAGAGAUCAUUUAAAGAUUGCCCAGCAGUUUUUCCAGCUGGUUGGCGGUUCAGCCAGUGAAUGCGACACAAUCCCGGGUCGGCAGUGUAUGGCCUCCUGCUUCUUCUUACUGAAACAGUUUGAGGACGUGCUUAUCUACCUCAACUCAGUCAAGAGUUACUUCUACACUGACGACACGUUUAACUUCAACUACGCUCAAGCUAAAGCUGCUUUAGGGAGCUAUAAAGAGGCAGAGGAGGUGUUUCUGCUGAUCCAGAGUGAGAAGAUUAAGAAUGAUUAUGUGUAUCUGAGCUGGCUGGCCCGAUGCUACAUAAUGAACCAGAAAGCUCGGCUGGCGUGGGAACUUUACCUGAAGAUGGAAACUUCGUCCGACUCCUUCAGCCUCUUACAGCUCAUUGCAAACGACUGCUACAAGAUGGGUCAGUUCUAUUACGCAGCGAAGGCGUUUGACGUUCUGGAGAGACUGGAUUCGAACCCUGAGUACUGGGAGGGGAAGCGGGGAGCCUGUGUCGGAAUAUUCCAGCUAAUCCUGGCAGGAAGAGAACCCAGAGAGUCUCUGAAGGAGGUGCUGCCCAUGCUGCGCAGCACAGGGAACCCACAGGUGGAGUACAUUAUUCGCAUCAUGAAGAAAUGGGCUAAAGACAACAGAGUUGCCCUCUGACCCAGCAUUUACACAGCCAGCCCUGUCAGAUACGAUUUUCUUAUAUAUGAUCUAUAAUAACUGUGUAGAGAACAUAUUCAUUUAUCUUUCCAUUCCAGAAAUGUGAGCAGGUUUGUAAAAGUACUUGUGAAACAAAUGCUUUACAUGCACUUUGUUUUUAUAAAGCAGCAUAAACACAUUUUUGCAAAUAAAGUACAUAGUUAUGUCUGGUAAAACAGGAGGACUGUGGGAGGUUUUUACACGUUAAACACAGACACAAAUAAUUAAGCUAUCAAAUCAUCAAUAAAUAUAACCUCUUUUGCAUUAUGCUCCUUGGACAGUGUUUCUUUGCAUUCUGGCGCCAGCUUCUGGACAACUGUUGAUAUGGACGUCUUUAGUGUUUAUUGAUCACAUUGCUUGUACUCUACUGUUGUCCUUGUUAUGUUAUUCUUUUUAUAACACAAUUCGUACAGCUUGAACCACGUAAUGUAUAGACACAAUCCCAGACAUAAGAUAACACAAUGUACACAUCUUAUAACAACUGUUUUUUUUCCUUUGAAUUUUGAUUUUGAGACACUCUGGGGGUCCAAGGAGCCCCUGUAUUUCGCACCUUGGUUCUAGUCCUUUUUUUAUUUUUUCCUAAAAAGUGACCUGUGCCAAGUGUUAGAAAGUUGUCAUAUAAAUGGGACAAGAAGACAUACAUAAACGCAUAAAUCAGAAUUAGAAAAGUUUUACUCUGCUGAUAUAUGGGCAAAUCUACUGAAUCAGUUCAAACUGUGCUCCCACUUUAAAAAACAAAGAGUAUUCAGAUUAAUCGAGACAGUAAUCAGGUAAAUAUAUACAAAAUCAUAAUUUAUCGGGUUCUUUCUAUUCAAAGAUGUCUGUCCCAAACCCAUCCAUCCAUCCAUCCAUCCAUCCAUCCAUGCAUCCAUCCAUUUUCUAAGCCCCUUCUCCCUCAGGAUCGCGGGGGGGUUCUGGAGCCUAUCCCAGCGGUCAUCGGGCAGAAGGCAGGAUACACCCUGGACAGGUCACCAGUCCAUCGCAGGGCCUGUCCCAAACCCUAACCCCUAAAUUUACACUCCUGAAAUUAAUACUUACUAAAUCACAGUUUUAGUCUAGCCUUAUUUUUGCCACGCCAGGCUAACAUCCCUGUCCCUCAUGGCCACAUGGUGAGCAGUUAGAUCCCAUGUUUUGAAGUAAAUGUGUCCCAAAGUCUAAAAAUCAAUGGAGUUAAGAAUCGUCUUUUUUUUUUUUUUUUGUGCAGUUCAGAACUUUUUAGUGUUUUGAUGAAAAAUAUGGUGAUUUUCUGUGUAAACUGCUGUUCAAAGCUGUUUGCUGGAAUGUUUAAUCAUUAGUUUUAAGGUUUAAUCUAAUUAAGGUUUAGAGUCACUCAAAGCAAUAGGAUUUUAGUCUAAAGUCCCAAAUGUGUUUCAGCUCUGACUCAGUUUAGUAGAAUCAUCCAAAUGUUUAUUUGAGAUUUCUAUUAAAGAAGAGUCUCAUUACAGAUUCAAAUAUUACGAUUAAUACAUCUAUUGAUCUUUAAUUUUUCAUAGUGAAUCUUCGUCUCUCUGCUCGUCCUCUUAACUCUUCCUGUAGAUUAUCAGAAGCUGGAAAUGGCUGGUUGAUCUUGUGUACUCUGCCUUUAUCGUCACCUUUACACUCUUUUUAACCCGUUUUAUUUCCUUAUCUUUUCUGUUUGAGGACGCGCAGUCAUCCUCUUUCCUGCUGAUUGAAUUUCUUCUGCCUCAGUUCCAAAUUUACAUUGAAAAUAAAACUAAACGUAGUCAACACAUCCAUAAACUGAAAUUACAAAAGUCCAAAAUCAGUCAUUUAUUGUCUUUCCUUCUCGUAACAGGUGUGUUGAGAGAGAAACGAAAGGUUUUUCUACAAUGCGGUGCUGCAUUUAACACAGAACAGCAGCCAACAUGCAAUAAAUACAAUAAAGACAGACAAACUACACAAACACUGUACAAUAAACUUUACGAUAACCAGCUCCCAGUCCACAGCAGCACUGACUGUACAUCUUCACUACUGUUAAAAAGUUUAGUCACUGAUUUCAUACAUACGAAAUCAACUUCUUUGAAGAUGUGUGUUUAAAAUGAUGCUAUGAUGAAACUAUUUUCUUACAAGGUUCAGUCAGUAAAAACGUUAGACGUUUUGGAUGAUACAUGAGCUGUAAGUGAUUUCAUGAUAACUAAUAAAUCUGUACAGCAUUGAGAAUGAACUGAUAAAUAAACUGACACUCACUAACUCGUUUAAAAACCUGUAACAAAAUCUCACUAAUUACACAGAUAUUCAGAGUGAUUUUGUGAGUUAACAGAAAAUUUAUAGCGUACUAUUUAAUAACACUUCCAUAUUCUACUGUUUAAUAGCACUUCUUUAUUCUAACUGUGAAUGAAGUUUACGUUACUUGGUUUAAGCUGUGAAUGAAGGUAAUUGGUUUACGUUUUGGUGUUUAGUUUAUAGCAUUUUAAUCUACACUGUAUGAGUUAUAACAGGUAUUUUUAUGACAAGUGAGCCCAAACUUUUGAGUGAUGGUGUUUACUAUUAUCAGUACAUCAGUGUCCUUUGUCCUUAGCACCAUAAACAAGUGUAGUUAAGAGUGCAGACGUGUACAAAGACAAAUCAAUAACUUUUUUUAUUGCGUGAGGACAGUCCGAGGUCAAAGUGAGCUUUACUGUCGAUUCUUCUCAUCUCAUGAGAGAAGAAUGAAAUCGUUAUGAUUGUUUUAGUACAUUUUAUUGUAUAUCUUUACAUCUGUUUAUGCCUCUGUAUAGCUGUAUAAUACUUUUGCUGUUGUUUCGCUCUUUACUGAACUUUGUGCUGCUGUAAUGGACGACUUUCCUUCUGGGAUUCAUAAAAUGAUCAGUCUAGCUACAAUAAAUGGGAUACCCUUCCUAAUUAUUGAGUUCAGGUGUUUCAGCCACACCCAUUCAGGUGUUUCAGCCACACCCAUUGCUAACAGGUGGAUAAAAUUAAGUCUUGCAGUCUCCAUAGACAAACACUGGCAGUAGAGGGUCGCACUGAAGAGGUCAAUGACUUUAAACAUGGCACUGUCAUGGGAUGCCAACUCUGCCAUAAGUCGGUUUGUGAGAUUUCUGUCCUGCUAGAUCUGCCCCAGACAACCGCAAGUGCUGUUAUUGUGAAAAGGAAAGCGUCUAGGCAAAAGAACAGCUCAGCCACGAAGUUGUAGACUAUGUAAACUCACAGAGCGGGGGCGCUGAGUGCUGAAGCGCACAGUGCAUAAAAAAUGAAA